GAUCCAUACAAAAGGAUCUGACAAUGCCAACUAAAACAAAGAUAUACUCAAGCUAUAAAAUAUAGUGCAGCAGCUAGUGUACAUUGAAAUGAUAAGGAAAAAUGAACCUCAUAAUAUUGCUUGUUCCUAUACUGACUACUCUCUCUAUUAUUGUAGCUACUAAUGAGAAUACAAUCCAAGGGCCAUCAUCUAUGUCAACAAGCAAACGAUACAUUAAUGAAACCAAUGUGAAGGAGGUUUAUCUACAAAUAUUACGUGGUAGAGAUGGUCGUGAUGGACUAACAGGAAGAGAUGGAGUGAAAGGAGAGAGAGGAGAUAAGGGAGAGAAAGGAGAGAAAGGUGAAACUGGACCUGUAGGAGCAACUGGUCCUAAAAGUGGAGGAGUAGUGUACACUCGUUGGGGAAGGAAGUCCUGUCCUACUGGAGCUGAACUGCUGUAUGAGGGAAUAACUGGAGGUAGUUACUACGAUCAUCCUGGAGGUGGUGCCAACUAUGUCUGUUUACCAAAGGUUCCUCAAUAUAUGAGUACUACUUAUAAGCAUACUAAUUUAGCUAAUUACAUGUAUGGUACUGAAUAUGAAUGGACUAAUGGUAUAUUUCCAGGAACAGAACAGCACAACGUUCCUUGUGCAGUAUGUUAUACAUCUACUAAGAGUGUUAAACUGAUGAUUCCUGCUAGAACCAGCUGUCCUUCAUCAUGGACUAGAGAAUAUAAAGGAUAUCUGAUGGCUGAAAGAAGCUCUCACCAUGCAAAAUCUGUCUAUGAGUGUGUUGAUGAAAGUGCUGAAUUUAUAAAUGGCAGUCAAGCUGAUGUUAAUGGUGCUACAAUUUUCCUUACUUUGUCAACCUGUAACGGUCUACCCUGUCCUCCAUAUGUGAACAAUGUGCCAAUUACUUGUGUAGUCUGUACCAAGUGACACUAAAAAUACUGCCUGAUUUGUUAUUCUGAUUUUAUAAUAAAAUAAUUUGCUGUUCACACAUGAAUACACAAA